AUGCUAGUGAGGAUCCUGAUAUGUCAGAUGACGAAACAUUGUCCAUGGAAAAAAAACUUGCAAAAUGAACAUCUUGCUUUCUGUUCGGAAUCAGAGAGUGAUGAUGAUAUUAGGCCUAAGAGUUAUAAUACAAAAAAUAAAAGUACUGUGAUAUCAGAAACAGAGUCAGAAACAGAAGACAACAGUGAGAUAUGGUCUACUGAUGAUUGUGACCUUGAAAGCAUUCCUCUUGCAGACAGGAUGACAGCAAUGCAACGAGAUUCAAAACCUUCAACUAAGGUGGGGAAACCUACCAUACAUUGGAAACCAGGACAUUUGAUUAGAGGGGAUGAUGAGACGAAAUUCGCCAGAAAUAUUGCUCUUCCUCAGGAAGUAUUGGAACUUGGCACUCCAGUGGAAUAUUUCCAGUAUUUCUUCACUAAAGACAUAGUGCAGUACAUAGUCGAACAAUCCAAUCUGUAUUCAAUACAGUGCCGACCCAAUAAAUGUGUAAAUGUUAGUGCUGGAGAAACUGAACAAUUUAUUGGUACUGCCUUCUUUAUGUCAGUCCUUCAACUCUCAGCAACAAGACAUUAUUGGUGCAAAUAUCUUGGCCACCCUGCUGUGGGUGACAUAAUUACUUGUAAUCGAUGGGAAGAAAUAAAGCGUUUCAUACACUUCUGUGAUAACAGUAAUCUAGUUCCCGCUGGUGGACCCAACCAUGACAAACUUUUCAAAAUUCGCCCACUGCUAGACCAGCUGCGUGAAAGACCGUUGCGAGUACCAAAAGAGGAAUUCUUAGCUGUGGAUGAACAGAUUAUUCCAACAAAAUGCAGAUCUUCACUAAAGCAAUACAACCCCAGUAAACCACAUAAAUGGGGCUUCAAAGCUUUUGUCCUUAGUGGAGUGUCAGGUUUCAGCUAUGAUUAUGAAAUUUUUGCUGGAACUCAGAGUAAUAUCAUAAUACCUGGUGCUAUGGAUCUAGGAGCUAGCAGCAAUGUUGUUGUGCGUCUUACACAAACAGUCCCACGACUUGCGAAUCACAAGUUAGUUUUUGAUAACUGGUUCACUAGUGUACCCUUGUAA